AUGUGCUCCAACGGUCAAUCUAACCCACAGGGAAGAGAAGUUUUACCCACAAAUGUUACUCCAUUGCAUUAUGAUUUAACAUUGGAACCCAAAUUUGACACUUUUAAAUUUAAUGGUCAAGAAACAAUCGAUUUCAAGGUUAAUGAGAGAACUGAUUACAUUACGUUGAAUUCGUUGGAAAUUGAAAUUCAAGAAGCCAAGCUCGAUGAAGUUCCCAUCAAAGAUAUCUCCUACGAUACUGAUAAACAAACAGUCACCUUCAAAUUGCCAGAUCACUUGGUUGAAGGAUCGCAAGCUCAAUUGCACUUGAAGUUUAUUGGUGAAUUGAAUGAUAAAAUGGCUGGUUUUUACAGAUCAACUUACAAGGAAGAUGGCAAGACCAAAUACUUGGCAACAACGCAAAUGGAACCGACCGACUGUCGUAGAGCAUUCCCAUCGUAUGAUGAGCCAUCUGCAAAGGCAAAAUUCACCAUUUCGUUAAUUGCUGAUGAAAAAUUGGUUUGCUUGUCGAAUAUGGAUGAGAAAGAGACGAAUUUGAUUGGUGAGCACAAGAAGAAAGUCAUUUUCAACACCACUCCAUUAAUGUCAACCUAUCUUGUUGCGUUUAUUGUGGGUGACUUGAAAUAUGUCGAAAACAAUAACUAUCGUGUCCCAAUCAAGGUUUACGCCACUCCUGGAUCAGAGCAUUUGGGUCAGUAUUCAGCAGAUAUUGCUGCCAAAACUUUGGCAUUUUUUGACAAGAAGUUUGACAUCCCAUAUCCAUUGCCAAAAUGUGAUAUGGUUGCCAUUCAUGAUUUCUCUGCUGGUGCCAUGGAAAACUUUGGGUUGAUCACCUACAGAACUGUUGACUUGUUAAUUGAUCCUGAAAACACCAACGUCAACACUAAGCAAAGAGUUACUGAAGUCGUGAUGCACGAAUUGGCACAUCAAUGGUUUGGUAACUUGGUGACAAUGGACUUUUGGGAUGGUUUGUGGUUGAACGAAGGUUUUGCCACGUGGAUGUCUUGGUAUGCAUGCGAUGCAUUGUAUCCUGACUGGAAAGUUUGGGAAUCAUAUGUUUCCGAUUCCUUGCAACACGCUUUAACAUUGGACGCUUUGAGAUCGUCACACCCUAUUGAAGUACCAGUUAAGAGGGCUGAUGAGAUUAAUCAAAUUUUCGAUGCAAUUUCAUACUCCAAAGGUUCAUCAUUGUUGAAGAUGAUUUCAAGAUGGUUAGGUGAAGAUACUUUUAUCAAGGGUGUUUCCAAUUACUUGAAAAAGCACAAGUGGGGCAACACCGAAACCUUGGAUUUGUGGAAAGCCUUGAGCGAUGCUUCAGGUAAGGAUGUAGUCAAGGUUAUGGACAUUUGGACAAAGAAUAUUGGGUUCCCAAUUGUCAAGGUUGAGGAAGAUGGCAAUUCCAUCAAAGUCACCCAAAACCGCUUCUUGGCCACUGGUGAUGUCAAACCAGACGAGGAUAAAGUGUUGUACCCAGUAUUUUUAGGAUUGAGAACUAGCAAAGGUCUUGACGAGUCAUUAGUUUUGAAUGAUAGAUCCUCCACGUUCAAAUUGCCAACUGAUGACGACUUUUUUAAAAUUAACGGGGACCAAGCUGGUAUUUAUCGCACUGCUUAUGAACCAUCUAGGUGGAGCAAAUUAGGAAAAGCUGGCGUUGAAGGAAAACUUUCAGUUGAGGAUCGUGUUGGGUUGGUAGCAGAUGCCGGAUCCUUGGCCUCUUCAGGAUUCAUUAAAACUUCAAGCUUAUUAGAUUUAGUCAAGUCAUGGUCAAAUGAAUCCAAUUACGUUGUAUGGGACGAGAUUUUGACUAGAAUUGGAUCCAUCAAAGCUGCCUUAUUGUUUGAAGACGAAAGUACGAAGAAUGCAUUGAAGGUAUUUACCAGAGAUUUGAUUGGUGCCAAGUUGAAUGAAAUUGGUUGGGACUUUAAGGAGUCUGAUUCAUUCGCCGACCAACAAUUGAAGAGCUCUUUGUUUGCGUCUGCAGCAAAUGCUGAUGAUCCAAAAGCAGUUGAAUUUGCCAAAGACGCAUUCAAAAAGUUUGUUGCUGGAGAUAAAAAGGCCAUCCAUCCAAACUUAAGAGCCACUAUUUUCAACAUCAAUGCUAAGAACGGGGAUGAACAGACCUUUGAUAAGUUAUUCAACAUUUACCAAAACCCAGAUUCAAUUGAAGAGAAGAUUGCCGCAUUAAGAGCACUAGGCAGAUUCGAGAAACCGGAAAUCAUGGACAAAGUAACUGGGUUGUUGUUGCAAACCGAUGUCAUUAAGCAACAAGACAUCUACAUCCCAAUGCAAGGAUUGAGAUCACACUCUGCUGGUGUCGUCAAGUUGUGGGAAUGGUUAAAGGAAAACUGGGACAAGGUGUAUGAAUUAUUACCCCCGGGAUUGUCAAUGUUGGGAUCGGUUGUCACUUUGGGUACCUCUGGAUUUACCAAGGAGGACCAAAAGAAGGACGUUGAAGAGUUUUUUAGCUCAAAGGAUACCAAAGGGUACAACCAAGGUUUGGCCCAAUCGUUGGAUAUCAUCACCGCCAAGGGCAAAUGGGCCGCUCGUGACUCAAAAUCGAUUUUGGAGUGGCUUUCUGCUAAUGGAUACAAUUAA